AGCGCCUGCACACCCUCGCUGCGUUGCGUGACCGCUUUUUUUUCUUCUCUCUUUUUUUUAACGUGCGGCUGCACGCGUUCUGGCACGCAAACGUUCAAACCGCACCGGACAGAAGCGAUCACGGAGCUCUGCAGCUCACGUCUACGCGAGUACUAACAAGGGAGGACGAGCUUGUGCCUCUGCAUCCAUCGCACAUCACUGCUCAACUUCCUCCUCCACUUACAGGGAAUUUACAGCGCAAAUGUCAAGCACGCUAGACAGCAUCACCGCGGCUACGAAGCUGCGGCGGGCCGAGUUCGAGGUGCAACGUGAGUUGGAGUCGAAGCGAGAGGAGUACAACCGCCGCAUGGCACAGGUGAGGGAGAGCGAGGCGCAGCUUGCCGUGGACCGUACGGAGCUGCAGGACACCCUCGUGCAGUACUACAAGUUUAUUCAAGAAAACGAAAUCAAGCGCAAUCGAGCCAUGAAGAAAGUUGCCAGCGAGGAGAAGCAGCGCAAGGAGCGUGAGGAGUACAUUGCGCUGCUCUCAAAGCGACUGGGGGAGCUAGAGACGAAGCGAGACGACAUGAAGGCGCACUACGAAUGUGUGGUGAAGUACCAAAACUUCAUGGAGGAGGUGCUCGCUCGCAACGACGGCGAUGAAUACCAGGAGCCGCGCGACAUCAUCAAGCGAUGGAUGACGCUGAAGGACAACACCACGGUGCUCCAGACACGCAAGACGCAGCUCGAGGAGGACCUCCUCCGCACGCGCAGCUCGCUCAACCUAGCCCGUCAGCGCCGCAGCACGGAGAACAUCGCCUUGCAAAAUCGAUUGAAUGAGAUGCAGAUGACGUUCGAAACACUGCAGAAGUCCAUCAAGGCGAAGCAAGAUGAGUUGGAGCGCAAGAUCAAGCAGAAGAGCUCGACGACGCGCACCGUGAGUCACGUCACCAUGGCCACUACGAACCUAUACGACCGCUGCGUGACGUGGACACGCGAGUACUCGGGCCGCGGCAAGGUAGAAACACCGCAGAAUAACGUGCUGCAUCAAUUGCACGUCAUUUGCGACUGCUUGGAGGACUUCCAGACAAUCAUCCAGCAGCACCAGGAGCUGCAGCGAGCCACGGCAGCGGCGGCUGCGCCUGCCGGCGGACAGCAGGCCGCACUCAAAGCAGGUGAGGCUGUUGAGUAG